AGUCUAUAGAUAUUUUCCACUAAAUAUAAUCGCAAAAUGAGUAGCUUAAAGGAUGAUCCAGCUUCUAGGCUGAAGGCCCUCGAGAGAAUGGGUGUUCUUAAGGAUUAUGGAGCGAUACACAAAUGUACAGUAAUAAUCGUAGGAAUUGGUGGAGUUGGCGCGGUUGUGGCUGAAAUGUUGACAAGAUGUGGGAUAGGAAAACUAAUAUUAUUCGAUUAUGAUGAUGUUGAACUUGCCAAUAUGAAUAGACUAUUUUAUACGCCUAAUCAAGUUGGCCUUCCCAAAGUAAAGGCUGCCGAAGAAACGCUUAAAAAUAUUAACAAUGCGGUCAUAAUAGACACAAAUAAUUACAACAUAUGUAAAGACUAUCAAAUAUUUUAUGAUAAAAUAACAACCGGAGGAUUGAAUGGAGAACAGGUUAAUCUGGUUUUGAGUUGUGUUGAUAAUUAUGCUGCACGUGUUGCAAUUAAUAAGGCGUGUUGUCAAGCUGAUCAGGUCUGGAUGAAUUCAGGAGUAUCUGAAAAUGCAACAAGUGGUCAAAUACAAACUUGUAUUCCCGGAAUAACGGCAUGCUUCCUUUGUGCUCCUCCUUAUAUUGUUGCAACAAAUGGAAAUGAGAAUACAAUUAAGCGUGCUGACGUAUGUACAGCGAGUCUACCAACAACAAUGGGUGUAGUUGCUGGAUUAUUAGCCCACAAUGCUUUGAAGUACCUUCUAAAAUUUGGUGCCGUUACCAAAUUUUUGACAUACAAUUCUCUACAAGAUUAUUUUCCAUCUUACUCCAUGUCCCAUAGCCCUGAUUGUACUGAAAAAUAUUGUCUGGAACAGCAAGAAAAAAAGCGUGGAUUUGUUGAACAUGAAACUCAGAAUGAGCCAGAAUCAGAGGCCAUCGAACACUCCACCAAUGAGUAUCAUAUUAAAUUGGUAGAUGAAAGUGGUUUGCGAGAAGUUAUAAAGGAGGAUACUCAAAAAUGUGCUCAAGACGAUUUGCCAGCUGUUAAGCUGUCUGUUAGUGAAUUAAGAAAACAGUUGUUAGAUGCAUCAAUUACCAAAAAUUCAACCUAG